AUGUCUGGUGAAGAAGAAAGUGCUGCAGUUCCAGCGGGAGUUCAGGAAAACAACGAAAAUGUUCCUCAAGAACCAACAGAAUAUAGUUGCAAAGUUGUUCUUAUUGGUGACAACGGAGUUGGAAAAACAUCUUUAGCACUUUAUUUCAAGAAUAAUGAACCUCCAAACGGAGAACUUCCAAUCAUUACACCAAAUUUCCAAAAGGAUGUGAAUCUACAAGAUAAAAAUGCUGUUGUUCACAUUGUUAUUUGGGAUUCAGCCUGUGGUGAUGAUGACAAAGAAAUCAGAGUUAAAUCAUAUCACGAUACAGACGUAUUUGUCAUGUGUAUGAGCCUUCACAACUCAGAUUCAAUGACAAAUCUUAUUAAAGUCUGGGCAAAAGAACUAUACACUUAUGACAAGAAGCCAAACAUAGUUAUAUGUGGAACUCACUUUGAUUCGAUGAAUAUUGAUCCGAUUCAAAUCCAAACAAUCACGCAAAACAUUCCGCACAACUUUUACAUAGAAACAUCAGCAAGAAGUGGUGUCGGUAUCGAAGAACUCUUCAAAGUUAUCGCAGAAAUUAAAGUUGAUCCAGAAUCACAUCCAAUUCACGUUACAGAAAACAAUCCAGUGAGCAAGAAGAAGAAAUCUGAAUGCUGCUUAUUGAUAUAG